UUGACGUUUGUUCGUGAAUCGUGAUAUCAAUAAAAUUGUAAAAUUAAUGGUAUUUCGAUAAAACGCGUUUUGUGAAAGGUUUUAUUAAACUUAUUAAUAAAUUGGUGGGCCUUUUUAUUCAAUUUGUACAAUGGCAGAUGUCGGUGCAGAUAAGUCCUCGGGAGAAAAUGCGGACGACAAAUUAGUUCCCAGUGAUAAUGCUGCUGAACAAAAUGAAUCAAAUGAUACCGUGGACAUUAACGCUGAAAUCGAUGAGCAACGUCGCAGGAUGCAGCCCACAAAGAUGGAAUCAUUUAUGGCCAUCACAAAGUCAUUAAUAAUAAGGGCUUUAGUGGUAUAUUUUAUUACAUCAUUUUUCCGUCAGCCGGCCGCUCCAAAGGCCGAUUUGGGUAAUCCUGGAGUGGCAGCCCCGCGCUCGGCCGCCAUUAACAUGUUCCCUAACGGAACUAUGUUGGACAUGUUCACUUAUUUAUCUGAAAAAGAGACUUUGCAGAAAUUUGAUGAUGCCAAACUAAUAUGGAAGCUUCCAGGAUUAAUAUACGGCGACUGGUAUGGAGGGCCCGAUGGUGAUGGUACAUUCACAUUUACCACCAAUUUUGUACCUUCGAAGUCAUUACUCAACAACGGUUCCAUAUACUUGCAUGUGUAUUUUGUGCCCGCUGGAAAGUCUCCGGACCCUCAGGACAAAGAUAUUUAUGCUGACCCAUAUGUAACUUACAGUAAGAGAAUGUUAAACAAGUACAAGAAGCUAAGGUAUCAGAAGACUCACAAUUUAUUAACAGGCCAGACAGAGAAGUCCCCAGAGGAGGUAAAAAAGGCUGAAAUCAUGAAGGAAGAGAUAGUAUCACAUUGGCAUCCAAAUCUCACUGUCAACUUGGUCACUGAUCAAACUAAUUGGAUGAGAGGAAGUGUUCCGGCUCCUCUCGAUGAGUUCAUCUUUUUCUUGCCCGAUGGCUUGGAGUAUAAGCCAGCAGUUUUUCUCAACGACUAUUGGAACAUGAUGAGGGAUUACGUGCCACUCAAUGAAACAGUCACAAGCCUCGAGUUGAGGCUCACCUACCAGCCCCUGAGCUUGUUUAAAUGGCAACUGUAUACUGCCCAAGCUAUGAGAGAGAAGCUGAGUGUGUUUUCAGCUUUGGGAGCUGAGGAGCAGGACGAGGAACAGGACACCGUCAAAGAGUUGCUCCUGGACACAUCUCCAUACUUACUCGCUCUAACAAUUUCUGUCUCCGUAUUGCAUUCCAUUUUUGAAUUGCUAGCAUUUAAAAAUGACAUACAGUUCUGGAACAACAGACAAUCUCUGGAGGGGCUUUCGGUUAGAUCUGUGUUUUUCAAUGUGUUCCAGUCUGUUGUGGUACUUCUAUACGUUUUGGACAAUGAGACUAACAUGAUGGUCAGAAUUUCAUGUUUCAUCGGAUUAUUGAUUGAAGUUUGGAAAAUAAAUAAAGUUAUGGAUGUUAAAGUCAAUAGAGAGGAGAGGAUUUUUGGAUUCCCCAAACUCACUUUCACAGACAAGGGUUCCUAUGUGGAGUCUAGCACAAAGCAGUAUGACAUGUUAGCUUUCCGCUACCUCAGCUGGGCAUGCUUCCCCCUGCUUCUUGGGUAUGGUGUAUACUCCCUGCUUUAUCAAGAGCAUAAGGGUUGGUAUUCAUUUGUCCUGAACAUGAUGUACGGCUACCUGUUGACAUUUGGAUUCAUCAUGAUGACUCCCCAGCUGUUUAUCAACUAUAAGCUGAAGUCUGUAGCUCACCUGCCAUGGCGUAUGAUGACCUACAAGUUCCUCAACACAUUUGUAGAUGAUAUCUUUGCCUUUGUAAUUAAAAUGCCAACUAUGUAUCGUCUGGGAUGUUUCAGAGAUGAUAUUGUGUUCUUCAUAUUCUUAUACCAGCGUUGGAUCUACAAGGUGGACCACAAGAGGGUCAAUGAGUUUGGUUUCUCUGGUGAGAUGGAGGAGCAGCAGAAAUCUGGGAAUGGAAGCCUCGCCAUCACAGAGGGAGAGGCCACCGCAGACAAAAAGAAUGAUUAAGCAUUCUAUACAUUUUAGAUAGUGAAAUUUCUGAAUUAUGUACAUUAUUUGGUUUGUUUGCAAAAUAUUUAUAUUCGAAUAGUAUUUAUCGUGAAGAUAAUGUUUUUGUGAUGUACUACUAAGUUAGGUAGUUUGAUAGAUACUCCAAAUAUGUAAUUCAUGUUGAUGUGAUUUUAAAAUAAAAAAUUUAAGUCCACGUACAAAUCAUAUUAAGUAAAUAAAUCAAUAGUUUAAUUCUCUAAAAUAUGAUUCCGGGUUCUUGAACUUAGCUACUCUACCAGUGCCUGUUAAGUACCUACUUUUGAGAUUUUUCUAAUGUUCAGUAUCUUUCAACUUCCUUCAUAAUUCUUGUUGAAUGUUCUUUUGAGUAAUAACAUAAAAAAUUAUUUGUUUAAUUAUUACGGAUAUAUCAUAAUAAAAGCAUAGCAAUAAUAAUAAUGUUAACAUUAUAUUAAUACCCUUCUAUCUAUAAUUUUUCUUACUAUGUUACUUGAGAAUUGAGAUGAAGAUAAAAUUACAUACUUAUAUUUGUGUAGCAAUAUUAAUUGGUCGUAUAUUUCGUUAACUUUGUUACCAAAAUAUCAAAACAUUCAGUAAAACGAAUGAUUUGUCAACAAAACGAUGUUGAUACUAAUCUUAAAAUAGUGUCAGUGGCCAGCGAAGCGUAACAGUAACAAAAAAGUGGUUCUAGCAAUGUAAGGCGUGUCAAAUUUACAUAACAACAAAAAAAGAGAAAAAUAUUAUUACAAACUUUGUGACACUACUUGGUAACAGCCAAAGUAACUCAAAAAUCACUCAAAUCAAAAUACUUUUGACUGUAAAAUUGUUUUAAGUGAUUUCUUUUUUAUUUAUUCUCAAUUUAACGUUUUGUCCUUGCCUUAAUUAUAUACAUAUUGUGAAGCAUUUAUAACAAUGAUAUUAUGUUUGAAUGCUAUGUAGUUUAUUGUAUUAGGUGUUGUGAUUCGAGAAGUGCAUAGAAACAUGUAGUAGAAUAGCUUUUCUUUUUUUUGCUUAUACCUAACGAAUUCCUUUAUU